AUGACCAUCACGCCGUUGGAGGAAGGCGGGGAAACCGUGUCGGCGGCCAUUGCGAGAAUGCUUCGCUAUGUUUCGUCGGGGACCAUGUGUUCGCAGUGCUCUGUGCCCCGGACCCACGCUGUGCAUUUCACGCUGGACGCUACGCCCGAGUACCUGCGCGUGUCGGUGCGUCUGGAACACGCGCAGCCCGUGCUGGAUGAAUCCGGAAACGAGAUGCUAGAGGCUAUUGGCGAACCCCUGGGUGUGUCCGGCACGUCGGGGAAUGGCAUCGUGGUAGAUGACGUCUUGUCGCUUACAGAUUACAUGACGCAUCAAGACGGCACGCCAGUCGAGUACAAACUGCACUGUGCAACGUACCACCAGAGCAACGGCAUAGAUGCAGGGCACUACACGGCGGGUGUAACGCAGCCACGGGGCCCAGGCCGGAGGAGCGCCACGGCAGCGACUCAGUUCUUCAUCGACGACGACCAAGUGAUCGAUUGGCGUGGAACCCCCGAGAAGCCAAAUGCACUGACCGAGAAUCCCGUUGGUACCGGUAUCCAGAAACCCAAUGUCGUGGUGCUUUGGUACGAGAUGAUUCCGCAUGAGCCUAAGAUAGAGACCAUGUCGCGGGGGGUCAGGCAGUCGGCGAACCAGCGGACGAUUAAAGAGGGCGAGGCGAUUGUAGUGGCCAUGCACCGGAGGGAGAUGGCCAAGGGAAUCCAGAGCAGAAGCCGGUGUAAUUCCGAGGUGGAGUUGCAAUCGCCCAGGUGA